AGAUAAACAAAUCUUCGCCAAUUGAAAAAGUGAGUUCCAACUUGGGCGGAGUUUAAUGUAGGUAUUAUUUGUGUUGAACAAACUGAAUUGACUUACUCUAGUGGUUGAUUCAUCUUUGGUUUUGUAAUAUUAUAAGAAGUUUACAAGCGCCAGCAAGAAGAGCAUGUAGGACAGGUUGUCUUGCAGGAAAGAAGGGACAUAUUUUCAACUUUUCUCUUAUUUAAAAUUCCUCCUUUUCAUCUGAAAUAAUGCUGAAAGCAGGAGUGUUGUGCUCUUUGCUGGCACUGAUCUCUGCGCUAACGUGUCCUGACAGUAGUGUGUGUAAGGAUGACAGCACUUGCUGCCUGGCUCCUUCCAACAAAUAUGGCUGCUGCUCGCUUCCAAACGCUGUGUGCUGUGCAGAACACUUGCAUUGCUGCUAUGAAGGCACAAUCUGCGAUGCAGAGAAUGGCAAAUGCCUCAAUAGAACCCACUCGUUGCCGUGGCUGGAAAGGGUCCCUGCUGAACUUCCCAAGUUGCCCCAGACAGUCAGGUCAUUCUCCAUGAUCCACGCUGUCCCUGUGAAUCUGGAUUUUGGUAGCGUCUGCCCUGAUGAGACUCUCUGCCCUGGAGGAUUCUCCUGCCUGAAGACGCUCAGUGGAAAAUACAGCUGCUGUCCUCUUCCUCAGGGCGUGUCGUGCUUUGAUGGAAGCCACUGCUGUCCUGACGAGUACCAGUGCAGUAAAGAUGGGGCCUCCUGUUCCAGGAGCGCGGAGCGCGUGGAGGCCGUCAUCUGUCCCGACGGGGCGUCCGAGUGUCCGGACGAGACCACCUGCUGCCUCCUCCCGGACGGCAGCUGGGGAUGCUGCCCCAUGGCCAAGGCCGUGUGCUGCGCGGACAAGAAGCACUGCUGUCCCGAGGGCACCACCUGCGACCUGGAGCACUCCAUGUGCGUGACGGCCUCUCGGAAGCGCGUGCCCAUGUGGGAGAAGCUCCCCGCCAGGCGGAGGGCGGCGUGGGAGGACCAGGAAGAUGCUGUGAACGUUACGAGCGUGACCUGUCCCGACGGGAGGAGCAGGUGCCAGGACGGCUCCACCUGCUGUCAGAUGAUCAGCGGGCUGUACGGCUGCUGCCCCUACCCAGACGCUCUGUGCUGCUCUGACCAUCUGCACUGCUGCCCGGGCGGCACCACGUGCGACCUGGAGCACAUGAGGUGCAGCCCCGGAGAGCGCCCCCCGGUGGAGGAGCGGCUGCUCGCUCCGCCCCGCGACGUCGAAUGCCCGGACAUGCAGACCAUGUGCCCCGACGAGACGACCUGCUGUCAGCUGACCGACGGGAGCUACGGCUGCUGUCCGAUGCCUAGAGCGGUUUGCUGUGAGGACCACAUCCACUGCUGCCCGGAGGCCACUACGUGCGACCUGGUGCACAGCAAGUGUUUGAGGGCUGGCGGGAACACCACCUGGGCUACCAAGAUGCCUGCAGUGCGGAUCCCAGCUGUGGAGAGCACAGGCAACGACGUCCCCUGCAACGACUCUGUGGCCUGCGCCGACGGCAGCACGUGCUGUAAAACCGCGGGAGGACAAUGGGCGUGCUGUCCCCUGCCUCAGGCCGUCUGCUGCGAGGACCACCUGCACUGCUGCCCCGAGGACACCGUCUGUAACCUGGCCGCCAGCACCUGCGACGACCCCUGGGGCUCCACGUCCUGGCUGGAGAAGGUGCCCGCCGUCUCCAAGACGGCCCAGAGGGAGACGCCGGACGGGGAGGCGGACGCCCGGCUGACCGCGGAAGCCGAGAACGUCCCGUGCGACCCGACCCACGCCUGCCCGACCGGGAGCACCUGCUGCAAGACAGAAGAGGGAGAAUGGGCCUGCUGCCCCUUGCCUCAGGCCGUCUGCUGCGAGGACCACCUGCACUGCUGCCCCAAGGGCACGGUGUGUAACCUGGCCGCCAGCACCUGCGACGACCCCUGGGGCUCCACCCCCUGGCUGGAGAAGGUUCCCGCCCUGCCGUGGUCUCCCGCCAAUGAGAAGUGCGACGACGAGAUGGUCUGUCCCAGCGGCACCACCUGCUGCAGACAGAACACCGGAGACUGGGCCUGCUGCCCCCUGCCCCACGCGGUGUGCUGCGAGGACCACGAGCACUGCUGCCCCAAGGGAUACAAGUGCGACGUCUCCCAGCAGACCUGCGUCCGGCCCGGCCAGCUCAGCCUGCCCUGGGCCCGCAAGCGGCCGGCCCUGCCGGCGGGCUCCUCCCCUCCGGACACCCGGCAGUGCGACCCCAAGACCGCGUGCCCCAGGGACACCACGUGCUGCUACAUGGACAAGCUGGGGAAGUGGGGCUGCUGCCCUCUGCCUAACGCCGUGUGCUGCGAUGACGGCGACCACUGCUGUCCCGAGGGCUACAAGUGCGACGUGGCACGCGCGACUUGCAAGAGAGGGGGCCUGGCGAUCCCCUGGUACCGGAAGGAGGGGGCCUUCCGCGUCCUCGUCUCGCUCGCGGACGUCCGGCGCGACGCUCGGAAGAGCUGCGCCGCGGGGACCGCGCGCUGCCGGCUUCCCACGGGGCAGCGGGGCUGCUGUCCGCUGGUGGAGACCACCCCAGAGACCAUCCCAGAGACUACCCCGGAGCCUACCCUGGAGACCACCCCAGAACCUAACCGAGAGCCUACCCCAGAGGCCAUCCCAGAGACCACCCCAGAACCUACCCCAGAGACCAUCCCAGAGACCACCCCGGAACCUACCCUGGAGACCACCCCAGAGCCUACCCCAGAGACCAUCCCAGAAACCAACCCGGAGCCUACCCCGGAGGGAGAUGAACUCCAUUGUGAUGAACAGCACCGCUGUCCAAAAACUGAGACUUGCUGUAGGACUUCUGCCACCACCUGGGCCUGCUGCCCCUCACCCAAGGCCGUAUGCUGUCGUGAUAUGAAGCACUGCUGCCCGGCCGGCUACUCCUGUGACGCGGUGGACGGGUCCUGCACCAAACAGGACAACUUCUCCUGGGACUUCUUUUUCAGAGCUAGGAAAAGAUCUUUCAUCGCUGUCUGACACCGAACCGGUCCAGAUCUACACUCCACGUGCAUUCACAAACCUGCAGCACACGGUCGUUUAAACUUGGGGACGAGGGACAAAAUGUGUAACACUUUUCUUUCCACUUUUGCUCGUGACUUGUAAUUAGGUUUAUUUUUGGGACGUGCUCAGUCGUUGAAAUAAUGAAACGUGUGUGUUGCAAGGGGAAGGUGACAGGGGUUUAUGUUGUUGAAAGAGUCAGGCGCUUGAUCACGUCUGUUGAAACUGGCCCUGUGGCUGAAAGCUAUGCCCUGCUGCUUGAAGCUGACUGUUUUUUUAAUUUUUUAAAUUUUUUAAAUAAUGCUAACUUCUGUUGAAAAAUGACAUUUUUUCUACCAGUUGCAUCCUAAUGCAUGCACUGAAACAUUUUAAAAAGUGUUUUUUUUUUUCUGCUCUCAGAAUUCCUCUCGAAAGUACCACUUCUAAACAAACAAUUUGUUUUUUAUCCAUUUUUAUUGGAGGAUAAUGUUCACAGUCUCUCUCUCUGAUGGUUUAAGUAAUCUUCUAUGCAAGUGGUAGCUCUCCAGUAAAAAAAAAAACAUGAAUGUACCCAAUCACUGCUGAGGGCUAAUAAUGAAGCAGAUGUCUGUCCAAUAGAGUUCCUUUUCUCAUGUUUAUGCUACUGGAUUAAGGCAGAUUGUUCAAUUAUUGGCACAUACUUGUAGGAGAUGGGUGACUUUGUGAAACUUGCAAAAAUGAAGGAAUGCUGUCAACUGAAAUUUGAAUGAAUAGGUUGCUUUAAUCAAUCUGUCAAAUGACUGGUCUUCUGUAACAAGGAAAUGGAGGCCAUUUCCUUUUCUCUUUUUGUUCUCUUGGGUAUUCUUAUUUUCACAUCAUUAGAUGUGAAAAGAGAAUCAACAGGGACAAGUCUCGGCAUCAUUUUCUUCUUGUUGCCUCUUUACCAGGGACUGGGAGGCGCAGGAGCUGAUACCAUGGUAGUUUUGACAUUGGUUUCAGUCUAGACUCUCCAGUCAGUUGUGCUGCAGGACUGACCAUUGCAGAAAGGUAUACAUUUGUGUAAAUGAUAGUAACAUUAUGAAGUAUUCAGUGCAAUGCAUUUACAACUACAAAAAAAAAAAAAUUUAAGGGGCAAUUUGGUCAGAUGCAGCUUGUUAAUGGAAUCACUGUAAAAUAUCUUUUGAUGCAAAUUUAAGGUGGGAUUUCUUUUACAGCAUGCUGUUUUUCCAACUGAUAUGAAAUGAAUCUUGGAAAUUAUGAAAAGCAAUGCUACCUUAAAUGCAGCUAUUUUUUCCUCUGCAUUGAUCAGUCAACAUAAUCUGCAGUAUAUUGAACCAUCCACAACUUUGCACUGAUGAUGUGUCAUUUCUCAAGCUGACUUGUGGGGCCACUUAAGGUAAUAGGCUGGGUCUUGUUAUUUUUAGGGAAAGUAUAUUUGUUGGCAGUUCAUGAGGGCUUCUCCCAGUUUUACAGUUGCGUGUGUAUUAGCCCACAUACCUUGACUCUAUGUAUGACAAUGACAUACAAGCUGAAAUUGAAUUCUAAAAGAGCACAGGAGGAGUGGGCAUGUCAGCCAUAUCUGAACAAUCAGGCUACGAUGUGUCAGUAUAGCACCCAAAAUUCCUCUUUUAAAGAGGUCUGUGUUUGGCAGCAGAAGAACAUCGGAGAAUCUGUUCAACUACAAUGAGAACUUAAACUUGCUUAACAUAAUUCACUAUUGCAGCAUAAACGUAUUAAUUUCAGAUUACCUGUGCCCCAUUAACAUUAUUCUUUCUAUGGCUAAUUUGUGUUUUUCUUUUUUGGUUCUGGUUUGUCUGUUGAUAAUUUAAUUUAUAUCUGAGCCAAGUUCAAGGGUCUUAUUUUGAUCAGGAUAGUGAAGUAUUGCAGUGAAGCAGUUUUAGUUGGGUGUGCACCUUGAUAUAAAAAAUAAAUAAAAGGGAAAAUUGAUUUAAUUGAGGCAAGGUAGUGUUGCAGUGAUGCAGGUACAAACCUACUGUUACCAGUUUAAGUUCAAUAAAGCAACUCUGAAUCUCAA